AUGCGAUGUGUCCUGGCCCUAACUAAUAGAUCCAGUCUGAUAUGUGAUGUGUCCUGUACCUCCAGGGAUACAGCUGGUCAGGAGAGAUUCAACAGUAUAACCUCGGCCUACUACCGUGGGGCCAAGGGAAUAGUACUGGUCUAUGAUAUCACCAAGCAGGAAACCUUCGACGACCUACCCAAAUGGAUGAAGAUGAUCGACAAGGUAAGAUUAAAAACUCUUGGAACAGCUUUUGAUAGCUUGGUGGGUUUUCAGAGUGUGGGUUUGAGAACCCUUAUGUGGUACAGUACACAUUUUUAUUGUAACCCUGGACAAGCACACCUCAUUCAACUUGUCAACUAAUCAUCAAGCCCUCAAUGAGUUGAAUGAGGUGUGCUUGUCCAGGGCUACAACAAAAAUGUGUACUGUUGGGGGUACUGGAGGACCAGGGUGUUGGGGGGUCUGGAGGACCAGGGUGGGGGGGGGGGGGGGGUACUGGAGGACCAGGGUGUUGGGGGGGUACUGGAGGACCAGGGUGUUGGGGUAUGGAGGACCAGGGUGUUGGGGGGGUACUGGAGGACCAGGGUGUUGGGGGGUACUGGAGGACCAGGGUGUUGGGGGGGGGGGUACUGGAGGACCAGGGGGUUGGGGGGUACUGGAGGACCAGGUGUUGGGUACGAGGACAGGUGUGGGGGGGGGGGGUACUGGAGGACCAGGGUGUUGGGGUACUGGAGGACCAGGGUGUUGGGGGGGUACUGGAGGACCAGGGUGUUGGGGUACUGGAGGACCAGGGUGUUGGGGGGGAGGAGGGGGGGGGGCGGGGCGAGGGUGUGGGGUACUGGAGGACCAGGUGUUGGGGGUACGGAGGCCCAGGUGUUGGGGGGAGGAGGCAGGGUGGUGGGGGGUAGGAGGACCAGGGUGUUGGGGGGGGGGGUACUGGAGGACCAGGGUGUUGGGGUGGUACUGGAGGACCAGGGUGUUGGGGUACGGGGACCAGGGUGUUGGGGGGUACUGGAGGACCAGGGUGUUGGGGGGUACUGGAGACCGGGGUUUGUUGGGGGGGUACUGGAGGACAAGGGUGUUGGGGGGGUACUGGAGGACCAGGGUGUUGGGGGGUACUGGAGGACCAGGGUGUUGGGGGGGUACUGGAGGACCAGGGUGUUGGGGGGGGGGGUUACUGGAGGACCAGGGUGUUGGGGGGGUACUGGAGGACCAGGGUGUUGGGGGGGGUACUGGAGGACCAGGGUUGUUGGGGGGGGUACGGGGAGGACCAGGGGUGGGGGUUGGAGGGGGGGUGGGUGGGGUACUGGAGGACCAGGGUGUUGGGGGGGGGGGGGGGGGGGGGGGGGUGUUAAUGGAGGACCAGGGUGUUGGGGGGGGGGGGGGGGGUACUGGAGGACCAGGGUGUUGGGGGGGGUAAUGGAGGACCAGGGGUUGGGGGGGGUAUGGAGGCGGGGUGUUGGGGGGGGGGGGUACUGGAGGACCAAGGUGUUUGGGGGGGGGUAUGGGGACCAGGGUGUGUGGGGGGGGGUACUGGAGGACCAGGGUUUCACAUCUCACUACCCUGCCUGUCUGCCUGUCUGCCUGUCUGCCUGUCUGCCUGCCUGCCUGUCUGUCUUUCUGCCUGUCUGUCUGUCUGUGUGUUGUGUCAGAACUUACCACUGAUCUCUCCUGUCAUUGGUCAGUAUGCUUCAGAGGAGGCAGAGCUGCUGCUAGUGGGGAACAAGCUGGACUGUGAGACAGACCGCAUCAUCACUAAACAGACUGCAGAGAGGGUGAGUCUAAUACUGAUCUAGGAUCAGCAUCAUCACUAAACAGACUGCAGAGAGGGUGAGUCUAAUACUGAUCUAGGAUCAGCAUCAUCACUAAACAGACUGCAGAGAGGGUGAGUCUAAUACUGAUCUAGGAUCAGCAUCAUCACUAAACAGACUGCAGAGAGGGUGAGUCUAAUACUGAUCUGGGAUCAGAUAACAGACAAUAUCCUCACCUCAAUCAUUAGAGGGAGGAAAUGUAUAAAUGUCUUCACAGCUCUGUAUGGGCUUUGACUGACAGCCGUUCUAAAGUUGAGCACUGUGUGAGACAAUUUUAUUCUAAAAUAGAUUAAAUUGUAUUUUUUCCUCAUCAAUCUACACACAAUACCCCAUAACGACGAAGCAAAAACAGGUUUGGAGACAUUUUUGGAAAUGUAUAAAAAACUGAAAUAUUGCAAUUACAUAAGUAUUCAGACCCUUUACUCAGUACUUUGUUGAAGCACCUUUGGCAGCGAUUACAGCCUCGAGUCUUCUUGGGUAUGACCCUACAAGCUUGGCACACCUGUAUUUGGGGAGUUUCUCCCAUUCUUCUCUGCCGAUCCUCUCCAGCUCUGUCAGGUUGGAUCGGGAGCGUCGCUGCACAGCUAUUUUCAGGUCUCUCCAGAGAUGUUCGAUUGGGUUCAAGUCCGGGCUCUGGCUGGGCCACUCAAGGACAUUCAGAGACUUGUCCCGAAGCCACUCCUGCAUUGUCUUGGCUGUGUGAUUAGGGUCGUUGUCCUGUUGGAAGGUGAACCUUCACCCCAGUCUGAGGUCCUGAGCACUCUGGAGCAGGUUUUCAUCAAGGAUCUCUCUGUACUUUGCUCCGUUCAUCUUUGCCUCGAUCCUGACUAGUCUCCCAGUCCCUGCUGCUGGAAAAACAUCCCCAUACCAUGAUGCUGCCAGCACCAUGCUUCACCCUAGGGAUGGUGCCAGGUUUCCUCCAGACAUGACGCUUGGCAUUCAGGCCAAAAGAGUUCAAUCUUGGUUUCAUCAGACCAGAGAAUCUUGUUUCUCAUGGUCUGAGAGUCAUUUAGAGGUGCCUUUUGGCAACUCCAAGCGGGUUGUCAUGUGCCUUUUACUGAGGAGUGGCUUCCAUCUGGCCACUCUAACCAUAAAGGCCUGAUUGGUGGAGUGCUGCAGAGAUGGUUGUCCUUCUGGAAGGUUCUCCCAUCUCCACAGAGGUACUCUAGAGCUCUGUCAAGAGUGACCAUCGGUUCUUGUUCACCUCCCUGACCAAAGCCCUUCUCCCCUGAUUGCUCAGUUUGGCCGGGCAGCCAGCUGUAGGAAGAGUCUUGGAGGUUCCAAACUUCUUCCAUUUAAGAAUGAUGGAGGCCACUGUGUUCUUGGGGACCUUCAAUGCCCCAGAUCUGUGCCUCGACACAAUCCUGUCUCGGAGCUCUUCGGACAAUUCCUUCGACCUCAUGGCUUGGUUUUUGCUCUGACAUGCACUGUCAACUCUGGGACCUUUAUAUAGCCUUUCCAAGUCAUGUCCAAACAAUUGAAUUUACCACAGGUGGACUCCAAUCAAGUUGUAGAAACAUCAAGGAUGAUCAAUGGAAACAGGAUGCACAUGAGCUCAAUUUGGAGUCUCAUAGCAAAGGGUCUGAAUACUUAUGUAAAUAAGGUAUUUCUGUUUUUUGUUUUUAAUGCAUUUGCAAAAAUGUCUAAAAACCUGUUUUUGCUUUGUCAUUAUGGGUAUUGUGUGUAGACUGCUGAGGAAAUUGUUUUUUUUACUCCAUCUUAGAAUAAGGCUGUAACGUAACAAAAUGUGGAAAAAGUCAAGUGGUCUGAAUACUUUCCGAAGGCACUGUACAUCUGCUAUAUAGGCUUUUAUACAGUGAGGGGAAAAAAGUAUUUGAUCCCCUGCUGAUUUUGUACGUUUGCCCACUGACAAAGACAUGAUCAGUCUAUAAUUUUAAUGGUAGGUUUAUUUGAACAGUGAGAGACAGAAUAACAACAAAAACAUCCAGAAAAACGCAUGUCAAAAAUGUUAUAAAUUGAUUUGCAUUUUAAUGAGGGAAAUAAGUAUUUGACCCCUCUGCAAAACAUGACUUAGUACUUGGUGGCAAAACCCUUGUUGGCAAUCACAGAGGUCAGACGUUUCUUGUAGUUGGCCACCAGGUUUGCACACAUCUCAGGAGGGAUUUUGUUCCACUCCUCUUUGCAGAUCUUCUCCAAGUCAUUAAGGUUUCGAGGCUGAUGUUUGGCAACUCGAACCUUCAGCUCCCUCCACAGAUUUUCUAUGGGAUUAAGGUCUGGAGACUGGCUAGGCCACUCCAGGACCUUAAUGUGCUUCUUCUUGAGCCACUCCUUUGUUGUCUUGGCCGUGUGUUUUGGGUCAUUGUCAUGCUGGAAUACCCAUACACGACCCAUUUUCAAUGCCCUGGCUGAGGGAAGGAGGUUCUUACCCAAGAUUUGACUGUACAUGGCCCCAUCCAUCGUCCCUUUGAUGUGGUGAAGUUGUCCUGUCCCCUUAGCAGAAAAACACCCCCAAAGCAUAAUGUUUCCACCUCCAUGUUUGACGGUGGGGAUGGUGUUCUUGGGGUCAUAGGCAGCAUUCCUCCUCCUCCAAACACGGCGAGUUGAGUUGAUGCCAAAGAGCUCCAUUUUGGUCUCAUCUGACCACAACACUUUCACCCAGUUCUCCUCUGAAUCAUUCAGAUGUUCAUUGGCAAACUUCAGACAGGCCUGUAUAUGUGCUUUCUUGAGCAGGGGGACCUUGUGGGCGCUGCAGGAUUUCAGUCCUUCACGGCGUAGUGUGUUACCAAUUGUUUUCUUGGUGACUAUGGUCCCAGCUGCCUUGAGAUCAUUGACAAGAUCCUCCUGUGUAGUUCUGGGCUGAUUCCUCACCGUUCUAAUGAUCAUUGCAACUCCACGAGGUGAGAUCUUGCAUGGAGCCCCAGGCCGAGGGAGAUGGACAGUUCUUUUGUGUUUCUUCCAUUUGCGAAUAAUCGCACCAACUGUUGUCACCUUCUCACCAAGCUGCUUGGCGAUGGUCUUGUAGCCCAUUCCAGCCUUGUGUAGGUCUACAAUCUUGUCCCUGACAUUCUUUGAGAGCUCUUUGGUCUCUGCCAUAGUGGAGAGUUUGGAAUCUGAUUGAUUGAUUGAUUGCUUCUGUGGACAGGUGUCUUUUAUACAGGUAACAAAACUGAGAUUAGGAGCACUCCCUUUAAGAGUGUGCUCCUAAUCUCAGCUCGUUACCUGUAUAAAAGACACCUGGUAACCAGAAAUCUUUCUGAUUGAGAGGGGGUCAAAUACUUAUUUCCCUCAUUAAAAUGCAAAUCAAUUUAUAACAUUUUUGACAUGCAUUUUUCAGGAUUUUUGUUGUUGUUAUUCUGUCUCACUGUUCAAAUAAACCUACCAUUAAAAUUAUAGACUGAUCAUUUCUUUGUCAGUGGGCAAAUGUACAAAAUCAGCAGGGGAUCAAAUACUUUUUUCCCUCACUGUAGUUAUUCCGUUAGAAACGUUUCAAUUUGGCCCUUUCCAUGUAGGCCAAUUUCCACAAGCAUAAGGGGUUAAAUCCACUCUAGGUUAAACACAGACUUCACUGUUGCUCCUGUUACAAUAGCUCACCCCAUCAAUGUAAAGUGAAAAUGUCACUGCUUCCUUCACAUUCCUCUGAAGAUACUCUGAAGAAUCUGACAGUUAAUGAAAAACCUUCAGUUGGAAAUUACCCAGAGUUCUGAGUGCUUUAAGAAAGUUUGGUCAGGAGCCUCCCGAGUGGCGCAGUGGUCUAAGGCACUGCAUCGCAGUGCUUGAGGCGUCACUACAGACCCGGGUUCGAUCCCAGGCUAUGUCACAGCCGGCCGUGACCAGGAGACCCAUGAGGCGGCGCACAAUUGGCCCAGCGUCGUCCGGGAUAGGGGAGGGUUUGGCCGGCCGGGAUUUCCUUGUCCCGUCGCGCUCUAGCGACUCCUUGUGGCGGGCCCGGCGCCUGCAAGCUGACUUCGGUCGCCAGCUGGUGCGGCUGGCUUCCGGGUUAAGCGAGCAGUGUCAAGAAGCAGUGUGGCUUGGCAGGGCCGUGUUUUGGAGGACGCAUGGCUCUAGACCUUCGCCUCUCCCGAGUCUGUAGGGGAGUUGUAGCGAUGGGACAAGACUGUAACUACCAAUUGGAUAUCAUGACAUUGGGAAGAAAAAGUGGUAAUAAGUACAAAAGAAAAAGUACUUUCUAUACUUAUUUUCUUCCCCGGGAAAGACUACAGAAGUUCAAUUUCUGUCCGCAGCUUGUCUCGAGGAUAUCUGGGAUGCGUUUCUGCGAGGCUAGUGCCAAGGAUAACUUUAACGUGGAGGAGUGCUUUCUAAAACUAGUGGACGACAUUCUAGCGAAGGUGAGUAGCUACCUCACUAUGCUCAUGUUGUCCCUGCUGUAACUAAUAGACAUCUUUUAUCAUGUUCAAUGGAAUGAUUUUCUAAUCCAGCUUUUUUUUUUCUCUUCAGUAUUUGGUAGGAAAUCAAUAGUUUCCUAUUUCUAUAUCAUUAAGUUAUAAUAGUCUACAAUGUGACUAGUCAUUUUUGUAUGCCACACCACCUGAGGCAUUAAGCAUUGACUCGGUCUGUCUUUGAACCCUAUUUUUUAUUCUCUGUGGUCUGGUGACCAGGUGUUAACCUAUUAAUAUUAACUCCCUGUUCACUGUCUUGUUCGUCCUGUCUUCUGUCUCGCCAGAUGCCUCUGGAGAUUUCCUAGAAUGUUUUCCUAUAAUUCCCAAUAUUGUCUCGUGUGACUGUAGCUAUCCAACACGUGACUGUAGCGUAUACAACACGUGACUGUAGCUAUCCAACACGUGACUGUAGCUAUCCAACACGUGACUGUAGCUCUACAACACGUGACUGUAGCUAUCCAACACGUGACUGUAGCUAUCCAACACGUGACUGUAGCUCUACAACACGUGACUGUAGCUCUACAACACGUGACUGUAGCUCUACAACACGUGACUGUAGCUCUACAACACGUGACUGUAGCUCUACAACACGUGACUGUAGCUCUACAACACGUGACUGUAGCUAUACAACAUGUGACUGUAGCGUAUACAACACGUGACUGUAGCUCUACAACACGUGACUGUAGCUAUACAACACGUGACUGUAGCUCUGCAACACGUGACUGUAGCUCUACAACACGUGACUGUAGCUCUGCAACACGUGACUGUAGCUAUACAACACGUGACUGUAGCUCUACAACACGUGACUGUAGCUCUACAACACGUGACUGUAGCUAUAUAAACACGUGACUGUAGCUCUACAACACGUGACUGUAGCUCUACAACACGUGACUGUAGCUAUACAACACGUGACUGUAGCUAUACAACAAGUGACUGUAGCUCUACAACACGUGACUGUAGCUCUACAACACGUGACUGUAGCUCUACAACACGUGACUGUAGCUCUACAACACGUGACUGUAGCUCUACAACACGUGACUGUAGCUCCACAACACGUGACUGUAGCUCUACAACACGUGACUGUAGCUCUACAACACGUGACUGUAGCUCUACAACACGUGACUGUAGCUAUACAACAUGUGACUGUAGCGUAUACAACACGUGACUGUAGCUCUACAACACGUGACUGUAGCUAUACAACACGUGACUGUAGCUCUGCAACACGUGACUGUAGCUCUACAACACGUGACUGUAGCUCUGCAACACGUGACUGUAGCUAUACAACACGUGACUGUAGCUCUACAACACGUGACUGUAGCUCUACAACACGUGACUGUAGCUAUAUAAACACGUGACUGUAGCUCUACAACACGUGACUGUAGCUCUACAACACGUGACUGUAGCUAUACAACACGUGACUGUAGCUAUACAACAAGUGACUGUAGCUCUACAACACGUGACUGUAGCUCUACAACACGUGACUGUAGCUCUACAACACGUGACUGUAGCUCUACAACACGUGACUGUAGCUCUACAACACGUGACUGUAGCUCCACAACACGUGACUGUAGCUCCACAACACGUGACUGUAGCUCUACAACACGUGACUGUAGCUCUACAACACGUGACUGUAGCUCUACAACACGUGACUGUAGCUAUACAACACGUGACUGUAGCUAUACAACACGUGACUGUAGCUAUAUAAACACGUGACUGUAGUGUAUACAAUGUGAUUGUAGCUAUACAACACGUGACUGUAGCUCUACAACACGUGACUGUAGCUCUACAACACGUGACUGUAGCUCUACAACACGUGACUGUAGCUAUACAACACGUGACUGUAGCUAUACAACACGUGACUGUAGCUCUACAACACGUGACUGUAGCGUAUACAACACGUGACUGUAGCUAUACAACACGUGACUGUAGCUCUACAACAUGUGACUGUAGCGUAUACAACAUGUGACUGUAGCGUAUACAACACGUGACUGUAGCUAUACAACACGUGACUGUAGCGUAUACAACACGUGACUGUAGCUAUACAACACGUGACUGUAGCUAUACAACACGUGACUGUAGCUAUACAACACGUGACUGUAGCUCUACAACACGUGACUGUAGCUAUACAACACGUGACUGUAGCGUAUACAACACGUGACUGUAGCGUAUACAACACGUGACUGUAGCUCUACACACGUGACUGUAGCUAUACAACACGUGACUGUAGCUCUACAACACGUGACUGUAGCUCUACAACACGUGACUGUAGCGUAUACAACACGUGACUGUAGCGUAUACAACACGUGACUGUAGCUAUACAACACGUGACUGUAGCUCUACAACACGUGACUGUAGCGUAUACAACACGUGACUGUAGCUAUACAACACGUAACUGUAGCUAUACAACACGUGACUGUAGCUCUACAAAAUGUGACUGUAGCUAUACAACACGUGACUGUAGCUAUACAACACGUGACUGUAGCUCUACAACACGUGACUGUAGCUAUAUAAACACGUGACUGUAGUGUAUACAAUGUGAUUGUAGCUAUACAACACGUGACUGUAGCUCUACAACACGUGACUGUAGCUCUACAACACGUGACUGUAGCUCUACAACACGUGACUGUAGCUAUACAACACGUGACUGUAGCUAUACAACACGUGACUGUAGCUCUACAACACGUGACUGUAGCGUAUACAACACGUGACUGUAGCUAUACAACACGUGACUGUAGCUCUACAACAUGUGACUGUAGCGUAUACAACAUGUGACUGUAGCGUAUACAACACGUGACUGUAGCUAUACAACACGUGACUGUAGCGUAUACAACACGUGACUGUAGCUAUACAACACGUGACUGUAGCUAUACAACACGUGACUGUAGCUAUACAACACGUGACUGUAGCUCUACAACACGUGACUGUAGCUAUACAACACGUGACUGUAGCGUAUACAACACGUGACUGUAGCGUAUACAACACGUGACUGUAGCUCUACACACGUGACUGUAGCUAUACAACACGUGACUGUAGCUCUACAACACGUGACUGUAGCUCUACAACACGUGACUGUAGCGUAUACAACACGUGACUGUAGCGUAUACAACACGUGACUGUAGCUAUACAACACGUGACUGUAGCUCUACAACACGUGACUGUAGCGUAUACAACACGUGACUGUAGCUAUACAACACGUAACUGUAGCUAUACAACACGUGACUGUAGCUCUACAAAAUGUGACUGUAGCUCUACAACACGUGACUGUAGCGUAUACAACACGUGACUGUAGCGUAUACAACACGUGACUGUAGCGUAUACAACACGUGACUGUAGCGUAUACAACACGUGACUGUAGCGUAUACAACACGUGACUGUAGCGUAUACAACACGUGACUGUAGCGUAUACAACACGUGACUGUAGCUCUACAACACGUGACUGUAGCUAUACAACACGUGACUGUAGCUAUACAACACGUGACUGUAGCUAUACAACACGUGACUGUAGCUCUACAAAAUGUGACUGUAGCUCUACAACAUGUGACUGUAGCUCUACAACACGUGACUGUAGCUCUACAACACGUGACUGUAGCGUAUACAACACGUGACUGUAGCUCUACAACACGUGACUGUAGUGUAUACAACACGUGACUGUAGUGUAUACAACACGUGACUGUAGUGUAUACAACACGUGACUGUAGCUAUACAACACGUGACUGUAGCGUAUACAACACGUGACUGUAGCUCUACAACACGUGACUGUAGCUAUACAACACGUGACUGUAGCUAUACAACACGUGACUGUAGCUAUACAACACGUGACUGUAGCUCUACAACACGUGACUGUAGCUCUACACAACACGUGACUGUAGCUAUACAACACGUGACUGUAGCUAUCCAACACGCCCCACACCACCGCCUGUAAUAAAUACUUUCUGUUUCUGUUCUGUCUUCCUGUCUCACCAGAUGCCUCUGGAGAUUCCCAGUAAAGAUGUUUCCAACAGUAUCCUGUCUCUGCAGCCUGAACCGGAAGUGCCUCCUGAGCUCAACCCGCCACGCGUGCGCUGUUGCUGA